CUUCACUCUGUCACCAUGUUGUCGUCUGUGUUGCUGCUGCUGCUCAUCAGCGGAGCUCAAGCUGCUUAUUAUGGUGCGGUCCUUAGCUACUAUUUUGGAGACGUUCAGCCCUUCGUAAUACCCUAUCACUUUAAGGAGAGCGGCAGCUCAUGUCAAGAGGUCGACAUUUGGCAUUGUGGUGGAAACUGUACCACUCCACCAGUUUAUGCAAUUGAUGAGAGCAGGAAUGAAUGGUGUCAAAAAACAAGAGUUGAUAUUUACAAUAGCUACGGCCCAAACACAUUUACAUACCAACAUUCGGUUGGUUCUUCAAGCUGGAUAGAAAACAGAAAUGGGAUUGUACAAACGAGGGUAGUAGUGAACAACGACUUGAGAAACCGCUCUGACAUAAACAAACCAAACUCAACUCCCCAGACCACCAUCAUCCCUCUAGUCAGAGUUCCUUCAAACUGUCAGAGAAACAUCAACCUGCUGGUCUCUGAUCCAGAUGGAGACGACAUUAGAUGCAGAUAUGCAGCUGGUUCAGAGUGUAACAUCUGCACUCCUCCGUCUGUCCUCAGUGUCUCAUCAUCUUGUUCUCUGUCAUUCAGUCCCACAAACAGCAGCAAUGAAGGUCCGUAUGCGGUUCAGAUGAUGGUGGAGGAUUUUCCCAGACAAACCAUCACUCUGACUGAUGGCAAUACUGGUGUACAGGAAGUGAAAACUUCCAGCAUCGCCAUCGGCAGCAUCCCUUUCCAGUUUGUUUUCAGAGUGGAUCCUGCAGCUCCAUCCUGCACAGAAGGUGAAUAUCUGCCCAGGUUUCUGCCUCCAACUCCUGAACAUGGAGCUCAGAUCUUCACCAACGUUAACCAGGCUGUGGAAAUCAGCGUCAGAGCAGAAGCAACCCAGGCUGAUACCACUGAGCUCCUGUUCAGCGGACCGCCCGGUUCCGCCAAGAGUUCAUCAGGAUCAGGAAACUUCACCCUGACAUGGACACCAAUUGCCGGUGACGGAGGACUGAACUACCCUCUCUGCUUCGUUGUCCAAGCAAAUUCCUCCAGCUCUGUGUACCAGUCUGACCUUCGAUGCGUCUUUGUGACGACUGGAAACACAACUGUUUCCCACCCGAGUACAACUACACCUCCACAAACUACAACUACACUCACAACUACAACCAACCAACCCACCACAACAACUACACCUCCACAAACUACAACUACACUCACAACUACAACCAACCAACCCACCACAACAACUACACCUCCUACUUCCUCCACCCCAAAUGCAACACCAGACCCAGGACCAAAUUAUGUUUUGGCUCUGGAUGCAAUGAUCUCAACAACACUGUUGAUGGAGACUGAUUCUGCAACCAUCAUGAACCUGAUCAAAGAGGAGCUGAAAAGACAAGGACUGACUUCUGACAUAACCCUAAAGCUGCUGAGCAGUAGGUUAGUGGGAGUUACAACUCCCGCCCCCUAGUGGCUAAAAAUGAGAAUAAAUCUGAUCCUCCCUGGGAAAUGUGUUUUGAUUUAUAAUGUUUAUUUAACCUCUCAUCUGAUUCAUAGGGUAUUUUAGCUAAUGCAAGUAAGAAGUAAAUAUUGUUGUCUUGAAUGUAAACAAAUUCUGUAAUGUCACAAUGUUCUUAAGCAUAUAAUUUGUAAUUGUUUU